CACAAUCACCUGAAGAGUUAACCAAAGCAGCAAACAAGAAACACUCAAAAAUCAAGAACUUAAGUCAGAUCUUGUAAAGAAUUUGAUAAAAAAGAAUCCAUGGGGGAAUCAAAGAAGAAAAGCAGAUCAAUAGCAACACAGAGAGCUUGGAGUCUUGUGAGAAUGGCUCUUCUAUGGGGAAGAAAAGGUGGGAUCUUCAAGAGAUGGCACAUGUUCGAGCUCCGUAACUUGUUCUCCAAGCAUCUCAAAGCCCUAGCCCAUCAUAACAGCGUUAACAACGACCGUUAUAUCUCUCGUUACGGCGAGAAACAACUCUCUUUCGACGAGACGCCAAUCUUUAACGUUAAGAUGCAUCGUCCGGCAUCCAUGAGGUUCCUCUUACCUUGCAUUGCUCCUCCAGUUGAUUUUGAUUACGACUUCGAGUUGGACCGUCAAAAUGAUACCGAUGAUGCGAGAUCAUACGGCUACUACGAUGAUUCUUGCCAUGAGAAAUGUGAUUCUGCUGCUUAUAAGGAUCAUCAAGAGGAGGAGGAAGAAGAGAAGGGUGUUGAUAUGAGGGCAGAGGAAUUCAUCGCUAACUUCUACCAACAGAUGAAGUUGCAGAGGCAAAUCUCGUAUUUGCAAUACAAAGAACACAACGACCUUGUAUGAUGAUGAUCAAAAGUGUCUCAAGUUUAUUCAAUUAUUUUGUGUUAUCAAUGUGUAACCCACAAUUUUACAAAUCAACUCACAAUAUAUU